GUGUGAACGUCACUUCCGCCGGUGACCCGUUCCUGACCCUGCUCCCCCUUGCUGUCAAGGGAUUCGAGCAACCCCGUGGAGCAGGUGCACGACGCCAGCUCCCUUCUGGGGAGUGGGCGGCGGCCCGGGGGCUACCAUGGCCUCCAACCACCUGUCAGUGCGGGAAAUGAGGGAAGAUGAGAAGCCCCUGGUACUGGAGAUGCUGAAGGCUGGUGUAAAAGACACGGAAAACCGUGUGGUCCUCCACGCUCUGACACGUCCACCAGCCCUUCUCCUCCUGGCUGCAGCCAGCAGCGGCUUGCGCUUCGUCCUGGCCUCCUUCGCCCUGGCCCUCCUGCUGCCGGUGUUUCUGGCCGUGGCUGCUGUGAAGUUGGGCCUGCGAGCCCGAUGGGGCUCUCUGCCUCCGCCAGGCGGUCUGGGGGGACCCUGGGUGGCUGUCCGCGGCUCCGGCGAUGUGUGUGGGGUCCUGGCUCUGGCCCCUGGUGCCAAUGUGAGGGACGGAGCCCGAGUCACCCGCCUCUCGGUCUCUCGGUGGCACCGUCGCAGGGGCGUAGGCAGGAGACUGCUGGCCUUUGCUGAGUCCCGAGCUCAAGCUUGGGCUGGGAGUGUGGGGGAGCCUCGUGUCCGACUCAUGGUCCCAGUGGCUGUGGCUGCUUGGGGGUUGGCAGGGUUAUUGGAGGCCUGUGGUUACCAGGCAGAGGGAGGUUGGGGCUGCAUGGGCUAUAUGCUGGUUAGAGAAUUCAGCAAGGAUCUGUGAUUAUAGACCAUGCCCACUGGGGAGAUGGGCGUGAAACCGGCACCUAAAGAACACCUACUGUGUGCCAGGCACUUUCCAUCCCUCCCUCGGUGAAGAACUGAGGUUGCUGGAUGCACAUGCCCCGCAGUGGACCUGCCAGGUGCAGUAGGGUCUCUUCUUGGUAGACCCCAGGGACUGCUAGCGGUCACCCUGUUCACUCUUUGCCCCCUAGCCUGUAUACACUGAAAAAACAAACAAACCUCUGGUUCUACAAAACCCCUGUUGUGUGUGUUUUAGGUCUCAAAGGAUAUUUGGGCAGAGUUAAGAGUCUGUGACAGGGAACCCCCAAAGGGGACAGAUCUUCUGGAAUGGGUGGGGCUGGGAUCACCGAGUUUCCAAGCCCAUCUGUAUUUUUACAGUUUGUUAAUAAAGCCUGAGACUUCUG